AUGGAUCGUUGGGCCGGAAAGUCCGCGAUUGUCACUGGAGUCACCUCCGGAAUCGGAGAAGUUAUCACAGAAAAAUUAGUUUGCGCGGGUGUUAAUGUUCUAGGACUAGCGCGUCGCGAAGACAGACUUCAGGCACUGGCUCAGCGCUUCAAAAGUGCUAAAGGAAAAUUCUGUUAUCUUAAAUGCGACCUUCGCAAUGAGCAAGACAUACUUAAAGCUUUUGCUUGGGUGGAGAAAAAUUUUGGGUGUCUUGAUAUUUUGAUUAACAACGCUGGAGUUCUUUUUUUGAAUAGUUUCGAAGAUGCAAAAACAGACGAAUAUCAUAUACUUAUGGACCUAAAUGUCAUCGCUCCAGCUAUCUGCAUACGAGAAGCUUUAAAGCUAAUGCGCAAGCACAAAAACGAAGGCCACAUUAUUAACAUCAACAGUAUCGCCGGUCACCAAGCAGUGAUAGGAAAUAUGCCAGUUAAUUUGUAUCCUGCUAGUAAAUUCGCUCUACGUGCAAUGACCGAAACAUUGAAAGGAGAGAUAAAAGCAAAGAACGAUAAAAUUCGGAUUACU